AUGUUGGAAGAAAUCCGUGAGACAAGAUUAUUACGGGAUGCUGAAGCUCAAACCGAUCGGUUACUGGAGUUUAAGAUUCUGCAAGGAUGGUCUCAGUUGAAGCAGAUACGCGAAACAGAAGGAUUCGCGUCUACCUCUCUCAAAGUGAUUGUGCGGAGCAGUGAAACUAUUGAAGAUGAGGAUACAAAGGCGCUUAGGGUUGAAAUUGCGAACGAGCUAUCGGAACUGUCAGAUAUGCACGAGCUCGAAAAGCUUGAUACUACUAGCGUAACCGAAGAAGAAUCCGGAUUGGAGCGACAGGACACGAAAGAUCAGCUUGGCGCCGAACAAGAUACGGACAACGCAAGUACACAUGGCAGUCAAGGGAAGCUUCGUAAGGACAGAAAGAAGCGAUCAGAUCCAGCCCUUCAGACUGGCCAGACGAAGAUGGGCGGAUUCAAUGCAAAACGGCUUAAAUCGCAAAUCAGCAAGAGGCUGGAAUCAAGCCAUCGACAACCCGGCUUUCCCAUUUUGUCGUUUGCCUGCAACCACACGAGUGUCAUCACUCCCAUAGCUGAAUGCCCCAAGUUCGAACAAAACCGUCGUCAAACCACCCCUCCUACCUUCUGUUUGCGCUUGCUCUAUAAUCGCAAAGAAAUGACCCGAACGACGGCACACACCCUUGACAUGUCCACGUUCAGUGUUCAAUUCAACAACAUCGAUCAACGUGGGUCUAACAUAGUCGCAAGCUCAAAAGCAUUAGGGACGUUAGGACGGAAGACAGCGAUCAGGGUUGGUGCUCGGGUCAAAGAAGUUCCUGAAUGCCUUGAGGCUGAAGUCUACGAAAAGACAGCCUUUGGCGAAACUCUCCUUUGCCGAAUUCCUAUCCCUAUUCCCUCUGCUACCGAAACUACCAACGCCAUUGACCGGACACCGCAUGCAUUGCAUUUUACGGGCAAAUCUAGUUAUGACGCAACGGUUGGCAGAGGAGAUGAAAGGUGGCUUUCGGGAGUGGUAACACUUGGAUGUGCCUGGGGGGUGGAUGACGGGGGCAAAUCCUUGGGACCUCUUAUCCAAUCCAACGACCUUGAUGCCCGUCGUAAUGUCCGAGAACCUAAUCAUUUAGCUGCAAUGAUGGGACCCAAUGGUGCCAUCAACAUGCGCAAAUUAAUGGACUGGGUUCAAUCUCUGCCUGUUGAUCCGAAUGAUCCCCGCUCACAAGACACGCUUCGCUUGAAAAGAUUGGCAGAGGCAUCGUCGAGCUCAGAGGGUACCUCCGCAAUGGAGUACUGGUCAUCAAAAAAGUUUUGCCGUCUUGAAAUUCCGGCAUGGAUCCGAGCCAUGGCGUUAGAUGUUGCGGUCGAUAAUGAACUCAAUGAGAAGAGGUUUACUUUAAUCAAAGAUAGGGAGACGAAAAGAGGUCAUAUUACAGCUGAACAUCUGAGCCCUAUACCGCUAUUGGAUGAGGAGAUCGAUGAGGGUAUGAUGCAGGAAAUGCUAGAUUCAGAUAAAACACCCCAACUAUAUCCAAUGCUGUCACGACAUUCUUCUACGCUCUCCCUUCUGAAUUCUGCGCCUACAGCUCAGUCUGAUCUAUCAACUCCCGAGACAACGUUUCUCCAGCGUCUACGUAGCCACCAACUGCUUCGCAGUACGAUUCAUCCACAGCCUAAGCGGCAUAGUGAUUAUGUCCGUGAAGAGAAACUCGCAGACCGACCACAAAAAGGAUUUUUUCUCACCGAGUGGUUCAGACCACGGAGACCACUCCGCCCGUAUCGGGAGGAUAGAAGGGAGGCACUGACGAAUGGGCUGCAGCCGGAGGGCUGUAGGCUUAUGGUGCAAAUAUUGAGGGGUUCCAACAUACCUGUCAGAAAGGACAGAAAGAGCAUUCAUGAUGUUGUGGAAACCGAAUCUGAUGGACCAGUCUGGGUUCGGCCGUAUGUACAGCUGACAUUUCAAAAUCGCCACGCGCGCACGACAACUGGGGAAGGCCCGAAUCCUCAAUGGAACGAAACGUUAAUGCUUCCAGUGACACCUCCACGUGGUGAUCAAGCAGGCGUCGAGGGAGAACUGGAUGCUGAGGAAGUCCGGUUUGACCUCUUUGAUGAAAUGCUAGUUGAUUUAAUGCAGGAGGAACGAGACCGAGAUACCCAGAUCCACCGUCGAAAAGACCGUACCUGGCUUGGAUCGCUAACCAUUCCCUUUUCUGCAAUACACGAACAGAUUCGUCUUGCAGGCGACUUCCCUGUCAAACUGCCUUGCGCGUCAAUAGGAUAUGAGCAUGCCCCACUGGCGAUGCCUAUAGCAGCUGUGCCGGUGGGUAUCGAGCCGAACAAAGGGACCUCGCUUUAUAUGUUCAUUACGCUGGAUCCACCAUUAGCUCAACCGACAGAAGUAAAGACAAAGGUUCAGUCCCUCGAAUCGCUGCAUCUCCUCCGCUAUUGUUCCAGUUUCCCUUCAACGUUACCUGCUCACGUUCAAUCCCGCCACAUUCGCAUAACGACGACCACCCUCUCCCAACAAACAGCUCUUAUAAGUCGUUUUCUACGGCCGCAAGCCCCGCCCCCUGGCUUACCAACAACACCGGUUCAUCUUCUCCGUUAUGUCACUUUGCUGCCAUAUCUCCCUUCCAGAAUGAUAUACCCUCACUCAUGCUGGGCUACUACCGAGCAAAUGAUGACCCUUGGAGCUGGGGGCGCCGCCGAGCAUGCCAUUCUCUUAUGUAAUUAUUUUAAAUGGUGUUUAAAAGAUGUGGACUCUUGGGUGGUCCUGGGACGAGAUGUAGCCAAAGGGCGUGUCGCGUGGGUGUUGACCAGGGAAGAGCACGAACGGGCUAUCUUGAAAGAGUGGAAACUCUGGGAUCCAGUGGAUGGAACAGUUUGGACCGUGAAAGAUGCACUUUGCCCGCUGAUCGAAAUAGGACAAUUAUUCGACCAGGAUAAUGUUUGGGUCAACAUUCAGCAGCAAGCGGAUCCAGCGCGAAUGUCAUUUAACUUACGAGAUAACCGCAGCUGGCGCCCACUGUUCCACCGAGCGUUUCCCAAACCUGAGGGUCCAAGUCUGCAGCUCGAAGAGCCAAUCUACAAGACUCCCGACCUUGCGAAACUCCAUGAAAUUGAAGGUCGUCUGGAGCGUGCAAUAAUAGCGGGGAUUGAGACAUGGAGAGGAAAUAAGCCCACACGAUGGAACCGAUUGGCAUCCAGAACAUUAUUCAGUGCUUUGCCAACACUCGAGACCGCGGUUUGCACUCAGACAUCCAAUGAGCAGGUGUCCAGUUCUUUAUCGAGUUUACAGGACUUAUCCCGUCUCCGUGCCGUAUAUAGGCUGAAAGGGAGCCCAAUAUCUUUGCCAUAUACGGAUACAAAUGACAUUCUCGCGGCCGUACAGGCCACUGAUGUCCAUGCAUGUGCGGACGAAUGGUGCGAAUUUGCAUGUGCGGUCUGGUGUUGUGGAUAUGCAGGAGAGGUGGUCGGUGUUUGGAUAUGGAUUGCUUGUUUGCUGAGAGGACGAUGAGGAAUCUGAGGAUGUACCAAUUCAUUUUGUAAUUAAAAUUACC